UCGGCCGCCUGACGGUUGCCGGCUGUCUCCUUCCUCUGCGCUCGGCAGUGUGCGCUCAGCACUGCCCGGGGAGGAUACCUCGGCUGCAGUGGGGGCUGGAGCCCUGCGGGCGUUCUCUCCCAGCCUCCGCCAUGCCCACGGUACUGGGUUUUGAAGGCAGCGCCAACAAGAUUGGCGUGGGAGUGGUGCGGGACGGCGCGGUGCUGGCAAACCCGCGGCGGACUUACGUCACGCCCCCGGGCACAGGAUUUCUUCCAGGUGAUACUGCCAGGCAUCACCGAGCUGUUAUCCUGGACCUGCUGCAGGAGGCACUAACAGAGGCUGGAUUAACUUCCCAGGAUAUUGACUGCAUUGCCUACACCAAAGGCCCUGGCAUGGGUGCCCCACUGGUUUCUGUGGCUGUUGUAGCCCGUACUGUGGCCCAGCUAUGGAAUAAGCCAUUGCUAGGUGUGAACCACUGUAUAGGCCACAUUGAGAUGGGCCGCCUCAUCACUGGAGCCAUCAGCCCAACUGUGCUGUAUGUCAGUGGAGGAAAUACACAGGUGAUUGCAUAUUCAGAACAUCGAUACCGCAUCUUUGGGGAAACCAUCGAUAUCGCUGUGGGUAAUUGUCUGGAUCGUUUUGCUCGAGUGCUGGAGAUUUCCAAUGACCCGAGUCCAGGCUACAACAUUGAACAGAUGGCAAAGCGAGGCAAGAAGCUAGUUGAGCUGCCAUACACUGUAAAAGGAAUGGACGUCUCAUUCUCAGGGAUCCUGUCUUUCAUUGAGGAUGUAGCCCAUCGGAUGCUGGCCACCGGCGAGUGUACUCCUGAGGAUCUGUGUUUCUCCCUGCAGGAAACUGUGUUUGCGAUGCUGGUAGAGAUCACAGAGCGGGCCAUGGCACACUGUGGCUCCCAGGAGGCCCUUGUUGUGGGAGGUGUCGGGUGUAAUUUGAGGCUACAGGAAAUGCUGGAGACGAUGUGCCAGGAACGUGGAGCCCGGCUUUUUGCCACUGAUGAAAGAUUCUGCAUUGACAAUGGAGCCAUGAUAGCCCAGGCUGGUUGGGAGAUGUUUCGGGCAGGACACAGGACUCCCCUCAGUGAUUCUGGGGUCACACAGAGGUAUCGGACAGAUGAAGUAGAAGUGACCUGGAGGGACUGACAAGGUUAACAGGAUCAGAGUUGAUAGUGUCCCAAGUGGAACCCAUUAUCUCUGUCCUGACAUGGGAGUCCUGGCUAGGCUAUAGAUUCCCCCUCCCAUCAUUUGAACCAUAAGAUGAC